AUGUAUAUGAUGAAUAAAGUAUUGGAGAAUUUGAUCGGAAAGCCUGUUGAACAAAGAUUUGAAGAAAUCGAGCUUGAAGAAGUCAGAGCACGAUGUAAGGCUGAGAUUGCAGCAGAAAUGAAGAACAAGGGUAAAGGUGUUCAAGUUGAAGGUGUUUCUGAAGUAACUAAAAGGUCAAUCGUUCCGUCAAUUGUUCCUGAAUCACCUAUUCAAAAUCCUUGUCCUAUAUCUUCGGUUUCUGGUGUAUUUGAUGAUGAUGUAGAAAUUGAUGAUGUAGAAAAUGAUGAUGAGGAAGAUGAUGAAGAAGAAGUUGAUGACGAAGAAAUUAUGAAAGAUGAUGCAGAUGAUGUGUUUUCUUCAAAUAGUGAUCAUGAUGAUGAUGACAAUGAUGAUAAUGAUCAAGGUUCUACAGGCAUCAAAGUUACUGAAGCGUCUACUAAAGAAAAUGUUGAUGAUUAUCUUCAUGAUGAUGCUAAUGAAGAAUCUGAGAAUGCUGAAAGUGAGGGGGAGCCUGAUGAUACAAAGAAUGUUGAUGAAAGUGAUGAUCAUGUUACAAGAUUGAUCCUUUGUCUUUAA